AUGGAAAAAAAUGAAUAGAAAGAACUACUGUUGAGUAAAUAAUUUGAUGAUGUUGCUCUUAUUUCAUCAUAGGGGAGUCAACACCUAGUACUUAUUAACUUAAAUUAGUCAAAUAAGUCUAUUUUUAAUGAAUUGUAAACAAAUGAAAGGCUUGAUGUUAAACAUUUUUCUUAAGAAAGGUUGACCAAUGGUGAAAUGAAUCGCUCAAGUAUUCUAUUUAAAUUCAAUUAACUAGAAACAUUAAAAAAUAUAACAAAGAAGUUAAUAAAAUUGAAAAAGAAAGUCAAACGUGCAUUCAUUUAGAAAAAUAAUAUUUCAGAAAUGAAUAUUUCAAUAUAAGCAGAAGGAAACUAAAUAGAAAUCAAUACUUUCAAUUAAAAUGAUAUUAUUUCAGAUCUUCACAAAAAUAAGAUAUCAAAUAGUUAGUCUCAGUAUUUUUGAUAUCAAUUUAUAGUUUAUAGACUUAUAAGCAUAAAAUGACAAAUAAACUAAAGAAAUAAAUUAUAAAAUUAUCAAAUUAUCGGAAUUUUGGUUCAAAACUGAAAGACAGUAAAUAACAUAAAAAUCUCAAUAAAAAUCUUUAGCUUUAGAAUAAACAGAAUUUAAAUAGUGAUUUAGAUACUAGUCAAUCAGAAAAAUUCAAUUCUUAUCCCUCAACAGAAACUUAUAUUACUGAAGAUCUUGAAUUAUUAGAUCAAAGUAUUUUUAUUUAAAUCUAUUUAUAGAAUAUUUUCAAUAAAAACAAUAUUACAUGUAUAAUUUAGUUGGACAUUUCGAAGACUAACUAGAUGAUACAUUUUAGGCUUAAAUGUAUUUAAGACACUUUUUAUAGAUCUACGAGAAUUUAUAAAAAUCAAAAAAUAUUUAAAUUUCAUUAACUUUUUCAAUAUCACAAAAAAUUAAGGCUUAAACAAGUAUUUUAUAAUUAAAAUAACUAGAAAGAUAGAAAACUUUAGUUAUAGAUUUAGAUGAAACUUUGGUACAUUGUAAUGAAUAUCCUUAAUUGAAAUCAGAUUUUUAUAUACCAGUAUAAGUAAAUAAUAUAAUAUAUCAAGUAAGAAUUCUAAUUAAAUUAGGCUGGAAUUAGUAUAAGACCAUAUGCAUAAGAAUUCUUAAGAAAUAUGGCUGAAUAUUAUGAAAUUAUAAUAUUUACAGCAUCUAAUGAAGAUUAUGCAAAUUAAAUCAUUAAUUAUUUGGAUCCUUCAGGAAACUUUAUUAGUGGUAGAUUGUUUAGAGAAGAUUGCAUAAAAGUUGAAUCAGGUUGUCAUAUAAAGGAUUUGAGAAUUCUCAAUAGAGAUUUAAAGGAUGUAGUCUUGAUUGAUAAUUCUGCUUUCUCAUAUGCUUUUCAAAUUGAUAAUGGAAUUCCAAUAAUUCCUUAUCUUGAUAAUAAAAAAGAUAAUGUAUAUAUAUUGAUUCUAUAUUAAUAGGAAUUAUAACAUUUAGAGUCAUAUUUAAAGAAUCUUAUAUAAUAUGACGAUUUUCGUAAAGUCAACAAUAGAAUAUUUAAUUUAUAGGCAAUUUAAAACUGCAAUUCGAUUUAGUAGGCUAUUAGAUGUAUAACUUCUAAUUCUAAUAGUCAAAUUCUAUGA